UUCCUGUCUCUGAAUGUGUCAGAUAAAGAUGAGGGUGAUAAUGGAAAAAUGACACUGAGAGUGAUCAGUGGUGACGACGAGGAAGUGUUUGUCACAGAUUCAACUGGUACCUUAUGCCUUAACAAACCUCUGGACAGGGAGAGACAGUCCUACUACAAUCUGACUGUGGCAGCCAAUGACUGUGCCCAGCCUGCAUCUUUACAAUUCACAAGUACAGCGCGUGUUAUUGUGAUUACUGAAGAUGUCAACGACAAUGCUCCAAUGUUUGUGUCAGCCGAAAGUGUUAGUAUACCAGAAGACACUGCACUGCAUUCUGUUGUAAUAACUGCUCAUGCUGAGGAUGAAGACGCUGGAUCCAACGGGAGGGUUUUGUAUUAUUUAAACACCUCCGGUGGGAUAUUCAGCAUUGAUAACAGAAGUGGAAAGAUAUACCUGGAGGAGUUAUUAGACAGAGAAGAAGUAGAUACUCUGACUGUUACUAUAAUAGCUACUGAUGAAGGCUUACCCAUGCUGGCAACCACUAUGAAACUCACAGUGCAUGUUGAGGAUGUGAAUGAUCAUGACCCUGAGUUUUUACAAAGCAGUUAUAACCUGACAGUCAGAGAGGAUAUCCCCAGGGGAACAAGCCUGCUGCAGGUUCAGGCUCACGAUCAAGACAUUGGAUCCAAUGGACAAGUACGGUACAUGUUGGCCCACAUUGGUCCAUUUGUGGUGGACAUAAUUCGAGGAGUUCUCACAGUCAUGGAUGAACUAGAUAGAGAGAGGGACUCAAACUACACAUUGAUGAUAACUGCUGUAGAUCGGGGGAACAUACCCAGAUCUGCUAGUGCUGCAAUCCAUAUCACAGUGAUGGAUGUCAAUGACUUUGCACCCCAGUUUGUUCCAGAAACAUUGACCAUUCAUGUGAAGGAGAAUGAGGAGGAUCCAACUCAGCUAACAUAUCAGGUCUCAGCUUUGGAUGAAGAUUUAGGAAACAACAGUCAGCUUACCUAUUUUAUAGAGAAAGGAAAUGGAUAUAAUUUAUUUUCUAUCACUCCCAGUGGCACAUUUCAUAUUUUGCACACCUUAGACAGAGAGAAGGAGUCGCUAUAUAUAGUCACCAUCACUGCUGUUGAUUCAGGACUGCCAUCCCUAACAGGCACUUUGACUGUGCACAUCAUAGUUGAUGAUGUCAAUGAUAAUCACCCAGAGUUUACCGAGGAAGUCUACAACACCAUAGUGCCUGAGGACAGUCUUAUAGGCACUGUGUUUGCUGUGAUAAUCGCUUCUGAUGUCGACGAGGGUGUCAGUGGGGAAGUAAGCUAUUCUAUGGAAAACCUCAAUGUGCCUUUCGCCAUUGAUGAAACAUCUGGAGAGCUAUUUACAACAAACAUACUGGACAGGGAGACAGUGGCCAUUUACAAUUUGGAAGUGACUGCGAGUGAUAAGCAUCCCAUUCAGCCUCUGUCCAGCUCUGUGCUUGUUACUGUACUUAUUGGAGAUAUUAAUGACCACUGGCCCCAGUUUAUGAAUGGGCCUUAUGUGGCCUAUGUGCCAAUCGAGUUAGCUCCAGGCUCUGUUGUUUGUGCAGUGAGAGCAUUAGAUGACGACACUGAGAUCAAUGCAGAACUACAUUAUUCGUUACAGGGAGAAAGCUCUGAUAUGUUUUCAAUCGAUCCUUACAGUGGCACUGUUUUCACUUCAGCAGCUCUACAGUCAGUGGAUGAUGUUAUUGUCACUGUGCGUGUGGAAGAUUCUGGGGAAGAUCCCAAAUUUGACACCACAACUAUUAGUGUCAGGUUUCAGAACACCGCUGAUUUCCCAAAGAUGAACGUGGAUGUUCUGAGUUAUUCCCUCACAGAGGAUGAGCGAGUGGAAACACUGGUGGCUGUGGUAUCUGCCCUGAGUAUUAGAGCUGAACCUGUCACUUUUUAUCUCGCUUCUGGAAACUUUGAAAACAUGUUUCACAUCGAUCAUUCAAGUGGAGCCCUGAUAGUAGAGAGACCAUUGGAUUUUGAGAGCAAAAAAGAGUUUCCUUUGUUGAUAGAAGCCAGAGACUCAGGCCUGCCUCCUUUCUCCUCUUUUUCUGAAAUUCACAUAUACAUCACUGAUGCAAAUGAUAAUUUCCCACAGUUUACUCAAGCUGAGUACAGGUGUGAGGUUUUUGAGAACUCCCCGCCUACCGUGGUUUGUGAUGUACUUGCAAUUGAUGCAGAUUCUGGCUAUUAUGGCACAGUGCAAUACAACAUAACAGACGGAAACCACGGUAACUUCUUCACAAUUGACCCUGAAAAUGGUUACUUGAGUACCACUGUAAGUUUAGACAGAGAACAUAUUCCUGAAUUUAAUUUAACAGUUGAAGCAGAAGAACUAGAAAACAUGCUUCACAAAGACAAAGCAACUGUUAUCAUCACUGUUUUAGACAGAAAUGAUAAUGCCCCUCUAUUUUCUCAGAUUUUUCUCACAGAGGUGUCUGAAGAUACCCCUGUUGGACAGACAAUUAUAAAAGUCACCUCUACAGAUGAUGACACUGAUGCCAAUGCAGUGAUUAAUUACUUGAUAGUUGAGCAAAGUGAUGACAUGCUUUUUAAUAUUGAUUUCACCACUGGCUACAUCACCGUUGAAGGAGUUUUGGACAGGGAAAUGCAGGAUCAUUAUAUCUUUAAAGUAAGUGCAAAUGAUUCAGCAUGGAGUAUAAGCACAGAUGUGACUAUAGUCAUUUUAGACGUCAAUGAUAACAGACCAGUAUUUUCUGAACAUUUCUAUAACAUUAUCCUCCCUGAAACAAAAGAUGAAGAGGCAUUUGUUUUGCAGAUUCUUGCUACAGAUGCAGACAUUGGGAAAAACAGUGAGAUUUUCUAUGUUAUCGACCCUCCACAUGAGGAGUUUUGGCUGAACACUACCACUGGUGAAAUCUAUACAAAGCAGCCCAUGAUGUUACGUGACUGUAAUUUUGAAAUCUAUCAAUUUAUGGUUACUGCUUUUGACCGUGGCAGUAUCCCCCUACAUAGUAAUGUCACUAUCAGAGUAAGAUUGGAACACUACAACAACCACCCUCCUAUGUUUUUCCCUUUACAACCCUUGAUGGCUAUUCCUUAUCACCUGGCUGUGGGAAGUGAGGUGGUCCAGUUUACAGCAGUAGAUCUGGAUGUCAAUGGCAAUAGUAGCAUUAAGUAUUUUUUGAAUGGAGGAAAUGCAUCUGAUUUCUUUUGGAUUCAAGGUGACACUGGAAAACUAAUUUUAAAUCAGACUUUAGGAGAGAAUGAAAAUCAGAUCCUCACUUUAAUAGCUGUGGCUGAAGAUGAGGGCACCCCCCCUUUAACAUCCCAAGCUGAAAUCACUUUCCAAAUUACUGGGAGGAAUCAAUUUACUCCGAGCUUUAGCGAAUCUUAUGUUACUUUCUCUGUCCCUGAGGACCUGCCUGUAGGAUCAGUAAUAGGAAAUAUUCAAGCAGAAGAUGGGGAUUAUGGUCCCAAUGGGGAGAUCACAUACAACAUUACCCCAGAAAAUCAAUUUUUACCACUAUCUGUGGGAGAAUUUUCAGGACUGAUAACACUGAUCAGAGAGCUUGACUUUGAAGAACAAAGUAUUUAUCAUUUCCAAAUUAAAGCUAAAGAUGAGGGCUGGUUCUCUAAAACUGGCACAUUAAAUGUCACGGUGUUAGUCAUGGAUGUGAACGACAAUCCCCCAGUCUUUUCAUCCUCAGAGUACAUAACAUCAGUUCGUGAAAACUCAGCUGUUGGAACGAAUGUUCUCGAUGUAACAGCCACAGAUAUUGACUCAGGUGCAAAUGCACAAAUAUUCUACUCUCUCAUUGGUGGCCAUAUAGAUAAAUUUGCAGUUGAUUCAGGAAAUGGCACCAUCACCACUUUGGCCAUGUUUGAUUAUGAGCAAGAGCAGAUGUUUGAUUUAACAAUCAAAGGUUCCAAUACUGGAGGACAUGCUUUAUUUAGUUUAGCACAUGUUGUCAUCCAAAUCUCAGAUGUUAAUGAGUUCACGCCUAGAUUCAUCAAAAAAGAAUUUAACUUCUCAGUACUUAAAAACGUGCCUAUUGGAACUGUUGUUGGAAAAGUGAUGGCUACAGAUGGUGACCGAGGCACUGAAGGUCAAGUGUUUUACUUUUUGUUUGCCAGGAAAAAAAAAAAGAGCUUUGAAAUUCACGAACGUUCUGGAGACGUAUAUACGACCAAUAGUUUGAGGAAACAAGGCAACAGCCAUGUAGUUUUGAAAGUUCUGGCCAAGAACUCUGGUGUUAUUACUGGCACAGAUAUAGAUGAGACUUUUGUCCACAUCAGUGUGAUUGACACAAAUGAAGCUCCCAUGUUCACAUCUCCCCGCUAUAUGGCGAAUGUUACAGAAGACACCCCAAUUGGGACAUCUGUUGCAACUGUGAGUGCUGUGGACGAGGACUCCAUUGUUAACUGGAAUCAUUUCUUCUUCACCAUUGAGCAUGGAAACACCAAUUUCUCCUUCUCUAUUGAUCCAUCUAAUGGUAUCAUUUCUGUGAAUUCUCCACUGGACAGAGAAGUCUGGCCAGUCUAUAAUCUUACUGUUAUAGCCACAGAUAAUGGCUCUCCACCAGCCACUGGGACUACUAAUGUCAUUGUGACUAUUGGUGAUAUUAAUGACAAUGCCCCCAAACUCACAUCAACUGAAGCUCAUGUGAGAGAAAAUCAACCUGAAGGCACCAUAGUCACUAAAUUAACUGCAUUUGACUCUGAUUUACCACCCAACCAAGGCCCUUUUAUGUACUGGUUAUUAGACUCCUCGGUGGCCAGUGCUUUUUCUCUCACUCCUGAUGGAGUUCUGCUCACCACCCGCCCAAUUGAUCGGGAACAAAUCUCUGCAUAUCAAGUGCUUGUGGCUGUCAGGGAUUCAGGAUUUCCCUUGCCACUAUCAUCAACAUCAACCUUCCACAUCCGGGUUGUGGAUGAAAACGACAACCCUUCAAUGGCAAGAAAUAUCUUUAUUGAGGUGAAAUAUUUUGGUAGUUCUUUCCAAGGUGGCAUGAUUGGUAAUGUCCAUCCUGAGGAUCAGGAUGAGUCUGACAGAUUCAACUGCACCAUCAAAAGUGGGCCAACUCACAUGUUCACAAUCCUUAAUGGCACAUGUGAGCUGUGGUCUUUUCCCUUUCAAGGCGAAGCUACGUUUAACAUCUCCAUUGAAGCUACAGACCAGCUGCACUUUCCCGUAAACAACAGCGUCUACGUUAACUACAAAGGUUUUACAAAUGCUUCUAUAGACAAUUGUAUAUUAUUCUCUUUGUCAUCAUCUUCAGUAGAGCAGUUUUUGUCUAAUAACUAUUUGAGGUUCGUAAAAGCUCUGGACAGUCUGUUUAACCUACAAGCCUCUAAGACUCAUGUAUUUGGAAUCAAACAUAUUGGGUGGGAAAUCCUUCUGUUGGCUGCAGUCAAAAAUUACAACGGUCAGUACCUUAGCAGAGAGGUGGCGAGUGGUAUAUCAUCUGGACACAAGAAAUUACUGGAGGCUCAGAGCAAUGUGACAAUUUCUCACAUCACCAGUGAUCCAUGUCUGAGCAGCCCUUGUCAAAAUGGAGCAUCAUGCCACAAAAAUAUUUACAUCAGCCAGGAGGUUGCUGUCCUUGAAAGUGUAGCGGUCAUCUUUGUUGCACCAAAGAAAGAGAUUUUUAACUGUACUUGUCCAUCCGGAUUUACUGGUUCACUGUGUGAAGAAGAAAUUGAUGAAUGUGAGCUAAAUCCCUGUGAGAAUAAAGGCACAUGUGUGAAUACAGUGGGAAGUUUCUUCUGUCACUGUCAGGUUGGCUUCUCUGGUUCCCACUGCGCUGCUGAUGUCAAUGGAUGCCUGAAGGUGAAGUGCCAAAAUGGUGGGACUUGUAUCCCCUCCGAGGAUGGAUAUCAGUGCCACUGUGUGCCUGGAUUUGGAGGAGAAACCUGUGAUGAGUUCAUAGACUACUGCAAAUCAUCACCCUGUGUUCAUGGUAUCUGCAUUAAUUCACAAACAGGAUUCUCUUGUAAUUGUCACUUUGGAGUCAGUGGAGUCCGGUGUGAGGAUCACAGUUAUGGCUUUGAGGAGCUGUCCUUCAUGGAGUUUCCACCACUGGAUCGUAGGACUAAUUUAAUCUCUUUGGAGUUUGCCACAAUGCAGAGGGACUCCCUCCUCCUCUACAAUCCAGGAGGUUCAAACAGCAGAGAGUUCUUUGCACUGGAGAUACUGGAUGGAGCAGUACAUCUCUCUUAUGAUCUGGGUUCAGGACCUGUGAGGUUGCAAACAUACAAGCAAGUUGCAGAUGGAUAUUUUCACAGUGUUAUUGCCAGGAGGAUUGGCAGUAUGGGUUCACUGCAUGUGGACAACUGCACGGAUGACGAAAACAAUAGAUUCUGUUUUUCAACGAAUGAUGGAAGUAUUUCAGAAAGGACACUUGAUGUUGGCAACAGUAAUAUGACCUUUGGAGGAUUAAGAACUACUGAAGCUAUUUUAGUGCAUCCUUCUCAGAUAAGAGCCCAUGACUUUGUUGGAUGUAUCCGAAACUUUCAUGUUAAUGGCAUCCUCCUGAGACCCUCAAUGGCUCUAGCGGCAUAUAACAUCUUUGACAGGCAGGCUUAUUAA